AUGUCUGUUCUUUUCACGAGUAUCUCAGAGAGCAACCCCGUCAAACCAGACGAUGCUCAAAAACUCCUUGAUCCGCUCGGUCUGACCAUCGAUCCAGCCGAAGCGCAAGAUUUCCAUACUCUACUCGCUGCAGUACACGAUUGCGCCGAGGGUGUCGCUGCCUUACCAGAUUACCAACCAGUCUCAGAUCAGACCAAGUAUCCCCGUGAAAAUGUGCGCCGACCAAGCGAAGAGGAGCAAGUCUUCGGACAUGCAUGGGCACACCGGUUCCUGAUCCGGGGUACUGCGCAAGGCGGACCACUGGCAGGCAAGUCAGUCAGCUUGAAGGAUGUCAUUGCUGUAGCAGGUGUACCUCAACUUCUCGGGAGCGAUAUCAUUCCAUCUUGGACUCCGAAUACUGAUGCGACAGUUGUGACCCGGCUUUUGGAGGCUGGCGCUGAUAUUCAUGGGACAUCUACUUGCGAGAAUAUGUGUCACUCCACUUCUUCUUAUACUAGUGCACAGGGUACUGUGGAGAACCCACAUGCUGUUGGAUAUUCGGCUGGCGGGAGUACCUCUGGAGGAGCGGCUCUCGUUACAGCGGGCUUGGUGGAUAUUACUAUUGGUGGUGAUCAGGGUGGGAGUAUACGAGUGCCUGCUUCGCUGUGCGGAUGCGUUGGGUUGAAACCUACACAUGGACGCGUUCCUUUCACUGGAAUUGCUAGUGGCGAUGCGAUGAACGAUCAUGCAGGCCCGCUUACCCGAACGACCCUGGAAGCGGCACAGUGUCUAGACGUGAUCAGUGGCUAUGAUGGCAUCGAUGACAAGUCUCUUGGUAGCCAGAAGCCAGGGUCCACUAGCUUCGGAGCAACACUUCAACAGACCUCAGACCGACUUGAUGGUUUCAAGGUCGGGAUUCUAGUUGAAGGCUUCGAACACGACAAAGUGGACCCAAAUGUCAAGAAUUUAGUUUUGAUGGCAACUCGGAAGUUCAAAGAUUUGGGCGCAAGUAUUGAGGAGGUUUCCCUUCCAGACCACUAUCGUGGGCCGGCGAUCUGGACUAUUCAGCAGCGCAUUGCUGGAGCGCAGACUCUUUUGGGCCAGAAUACCGGUCGACGAGGUCUUUAUAUGACUGACAUGGAGCGAGCACGCCUUCCAUGGACAGAUGAUGGCUUCCAGCGCGCGUUCCCUUCCACGAAGAACGUGAUGAUUAAUGGUUUAUAUUUGAUGAAACAAUUCCCUGAUCUCUACGGCAAGACGGCCAAUUUCGGGCGGUAUCUAAGCGACAAGUACGAGGCCUUGUUUGAGAAGUACGAUGUGCUGAUCAUGCCUACCACACCGGUCGUUGCCCCGAAGCACGGCAAGCGUGACCUCCCGCUGGAAUCAUUGAAACCUAGCAUGGGGCUUACAAUUAACACGGCUGUCUUCAAUGUGACCGGUCACCCGGCUCUCUCAAUCCCGGUCGGAUUUGCUCCGGCAAAGGAGGAUAAUCAGGUCAUGUUGCCUGUUGGAAUGCAGAUUGUUGGUGGAUUGUGGCAGGAGGAGAAGAUCCUGCGGGCCGGGCAUAUCUGGGAGACGCAUUAUGAUUGGAAGAAGAUGCAGUACACGACGGACAAGAACUAG